AUGGGUUGGUUCAGCGACGACUCCCAGCAGGCAGACAGCUACAACCAAUACCAAAACACCGAACCUCAUGAGUCCAGUCUCUCUCACGAGCUGAUUGCUGGUGCUGCAUCCUACGAAGCCGCCAAGGCUUACGAGCGCCACGUCUCGGAGAACGGCCAGCCUGCCAGCCACGCCGAAGCCAAGGAGAUCUUGGCCGGUUUUGCAGGCGCUUUCAUUGACCGCGAGGUCGAGACCCGCGGAUUGGACUUCAUUGACAGGGAGAAGGCCAAGCGCGAGGCCCGCAGACACAUUGACAGCGUCGACGCUGGAGAUGUUGGAUACUAA